GUGUGAAUUCAGAUCUCUGUAUUUGAAUUCAGAUCGUGUAGAUAAACUGUUUAGUUUUUGAUUGACUUCCAUUGAUGACGAAGCUCGUAGAGUUCCAUUGAGUUUCCGAUGAAUUAUUAUUAUCUUUGCGCUUCUGAUUUGAUGUAUUUAUGCAAUUACAGAGCUGAGUUUUGUUACUGAGGUUUUGAAGUAUUGAGAUUGUACUCUUAAAAGAUGCUUUUGUCUGCACUUCUUAUGUCUGUUGGGAUAAACUCUUGCCUAUGUGUAUUGUUCUUCAUACUUUACUCUGUACUGAGGAAGCAGCCACGCAACUACGAGGUUUUUUUACCUCGUCGACUCGCAGAUGGGACGUCUAAACGUAGACGUAACAAAGUGGCAAGGUAUAUACCUUCUGUUAAAUGGAUUUGGAAAUCAUGGAGGCCAACAGAAAAGGAACUGAUGGAAUCCUCUGGCUUGGAUGGUGUUGUCUUUAUGAGAAUGAUUACUUUCAGUUUGAAAGUGUUCUUCUUUGCUGGGAUCAUCGGUGUUUUUGUUCUCUUGCCUGUGAACUGCUUUGGAGAUCAACUUACAGUGAUUGACUACGCUGACUGGUCUGCUAAUUCUUUGGAUCUUUUUUCUGUUGCAAACCUCAAAAUCCGCUCACAAUGGCUAUGGGUUCACUUUGGAGCUAUAUAUCUUGUGACUGCAUUUGUCUGCUGUCUUCUUUACUUUGAAUUUAGAUAUAUUGCCUUGAAAAGGAUUGAGCAUUUCUAUUCAUCCAAACCUCAGCCAGAACAGUUUACCAUUUUGGUUCGCAAUAUUCCCUCUACAGAUGGAAGCAGUGUGAGCGACACUGUUGAUAGGUUCUUUGGAGAAAACCAUUUCUCUACUUACCUGUCUCAUGUGGUUAUCCAUCGAACAAGUAAACUUCGGAGUGUCGUUGAUAAGGCUAAAAAGUUAUAUAAACAAGUGAAACAUAAGAAGCCAGUUAAGAAGAAGCCAAUGAGAUUCUUCAGUCGCAGAGACACUCCUGAGGGUCACUAUGAGAACGUGUUACAGGAAAUGGAACAGAACAUACGAUUGGGGCAAGCUGAAGUUUCAGCACCUGGAAAAGAAGUUCGAGCGGCUUUUGUAUCAUUCAAGUCUCGAUAUGGUGCUGCAACGGCACUCCACAUGCCACAAUCAAUCAACCCCACUUACUGGCUCACAGAACCAGCACCAGAACCUCAUGACGUCCACUGGCCUUUCUUCUCUGCAUCAUUUAUGCAGAAAUGGCUUGCUAAAAUUCUGGUUGUAUUCGCUUGUCUCCUCCUUACCAUCUUGUUUCUUGUUCCAGUAGUACUUGUCCAAGGUCUCACCAACCUGCCUGCACUAGAAUUUAUGUUCCCGUUCUUGACAUUAAUUCUAUCAAUGAAAGUUGUAAGUCAAAUAAUAACUGGAUACCUUCCAAGUCUUAUACUUCAGACGUCUCUGAAAGUCGUACCUCCCAUCAUGGAGUUUCUCUCUUCUAUCCAAGGGCACAUUUGCCACAGCGAUAUACAAAAGAGUGCUUGUAACAAGGUGAUCUGGUUCACAAUAUGGAAUGUGUUUUUUGCAACUGUUUUCUCUGGAUCAGCCUUCUACAAGCUUUCUGUAGUUCUCGAUCCAAAGGAAAUUCCGGUCAAGCUGGCUGUGGCUGUUCCGGCUCAGGCUUCGUUUUUCAUCGCUUAUGUUGUGACAACAGGAUGGACAGAUACUCUGACUGAACUCUUCCGUGUAGUUCCCUUCAUGGUUAGUUACAUAAAAAGAUCAUUUGAACCGUCAGAUGACAAUGAAUUUGUUGUCCCACCAAUGCGGUACCACAGAGACACCCCUAGAGUUCUCUUCUUUGGGCUUCUUGGGAUUACAUACUUCUUCUUAGCUCCAUUGAUUCUUCCUUUCAUCCUUCUCUACUUUUGCCUUGCAUACAUCAUCUACCGAAACCAGUUUAUGAACGUGUAUGCUCCAAAGUUUGAUACAGGCGGGAUGUUUUGGCCAAUGAUACACUAUACGAUGAUAUUCUCUCUUGUACUCAUGCACGCAAUUGCGAUCGGUCUAUUUGCGCUAAAGAAGAUGGAACUAGCUACAUACUUGCUUGUCCCUCUUCCCGUUUGUACUCUUCUCUUCAACGAGUUCUGUCGUAAACGCUUCAUGCCUAUAUUCACUGCUUAUCCUGCUGAGGUGUUGACAAAGAGAGAUAAGGAAGAUCGAAAUGAUCCAAGAAUGCCUGAGUUUUACAAUAACUUGGUCAGUGCAUACCAAGAUCCUGCUCUGCUCCCACUUCGAUUCUCAGGAUCAGGAAGCAGAAAUGAUAGCCUCACUAGUCCUCUUCUCUCUUCGUCUGAGGUUUGAUCCUCUCCAGUCUCCUAUACAACUUUACCUGUCUCUUCCUCUGUACAUGCAUGUGCAUAUAUAUACCUCAAAAGUCAUUAGAGAUCUACAUUGGAAACUCAAUACCAUCAUUUAUUUGUAAAUCUUUAUUUACUACAGAACCAGUCAUUAGAUAGAUUACAUCAA